AGGCUAAAUUCAUGUUCAUUAUGUUUUGAGGUCCUUGGACGAAGGUAGUGCAUACAUGCAAACGUAUUAAAUAUUCAGCACCCACUAUAUUCCCUCUUUCACCUCCUAUUUAAGAACAGAUAAAUAAAGCAUUCUUGUGACUGUUUUUCCUACAUGGGGAAAUUAAAGCAUGGUGGAGUGAAGUGCCUAAAGUCGCGCAGGACGUCUGAGAACAGAACUCAAAUCUCUCUCCUCGUCCUCUGCUUAGACACAAGAUUGUCCGCUGCACCAGUGAGCAAGUAGCAUUCUGUCUAGAUGCGUGUACUCACAAUGACGAGCAUUGUUUAUUCUGAGCUGGACCAUGGAGUCCACACUGUAGUUUGAGUCUGGUGACACACAUGUCAGCAGAGGAGGAAUGUCAGAAUCUGACUCGUGAUUCAAACAAACCAACCCAAACUUUCAACCCUGGUUUAAAAUAAGCAAAACAAAGUCGACGGUUUAUUUUCAGCAGCUAGUGAUCUCAAGCAAGGGUGCUGCUUGCCUCCAUCGGUGUGUCCCGGGUGUGUGCACAGCCAGAGUGUGGGUUUGGGCGUGUGCUUUCAAACGGGAUACAGUCCCAUCUAUUCCUCUGCACAGAUGCGCUGCCUUCCCGCCAUCAGCAACUAGCUCCUGCCUUCACCAUUGUAUGUGAGCUGAAUCUUGUUCAUGCCCAGAAAGCUAUUGAUCUGUGGCGUCAGUCAGCAGGCUUUUCUCACUGAGGGCCAGCUCUUUCCCAGCUUCUAACAUGUAAUUUGGAUCCCAAUCUUUCCCGUAGCACAUACUCCCCACCUGCUCAUCUGGGAGAAGGUCAUUAUCCCCCGGCUAUUCACUGCCGAUGGAGCAUGCAAGAAUAGAUGCUUCUUCUAUUGUCCUGCCUAUCUCUGAUUGGCUCCGGAGUGUGGGAAACUCAACCAAGUCAGAGACCCACAGAUUCUCAACGGGGUUGUGCCAUAUAAAUAAGGGCAGAGCCAGCUUCCAGCAGCACGCUUCCACGGGACUUCAGCCCGACUGAGAUCUGCCUCCUUAGCUCAGGACAGAUGGCUCCCAGCACUGUUUUCAUGGAGCACAACCUGCUGACACCAAAAGAGAAAAACAAACUGAGGAAGCCGGUGGUGGAGAAAAUGCGCCGGGACCGGAUUAACAGCAGCAUCGAGCAGCUGAAACUCCUGCUGGAGAAGGAGUUCCAGAGACACCAGCCCCACUCCAAGCUGGAGAAGGCCGACAUCCUGGAGAUGACGGUGAAGCACCUCCGGAGCCUGCAGCGCGCCCAGAUGACCGCUGCUCUGAGCACAGACCCCACGGUGCUGGGCAAGUACCGGGCUGGCUUCAGCGAGUGCAUGAACGAGGUGACCCGCUUCCUCUCCACCUGCGAGGGGGUGAACACAGAAGUGCGCACACGGCUCCUGGGCCACCUGGCCAGCUGCAUGACCCAGAUCAACGCCAUGAACUACCCGGUGCAGCCACCGCUGCCCCCAGCCGGUGCGCCGCACGCCUCC